UCCGUUGCCAUAAUUUUGCAAAAUUGCAGAAAUGAUGGUGCUGAAGAUGAGGAACAGAAAGCGGAAGACGAUUCAGUGGAACUGUUCGAUAUGAUUGAAAUCGAAGAUUCGAGAGUUUAUGAAAUAUCUGCAAGAGCUGGACAGCCAUCGCCGUAUCUGCUACUUCAGGAAUGUUUGAAGCAAAAUGCAGCGUUUGGAGAUACGGAGAUAAAGCUGCAUUCCAGUCGUGUGAAACAUCAGCGCCACCAGUUCGAUAUGGAAGUUGGCAAACAUCGUGUCUCGGUGAUAUGCACAAAUAAACGCGAAGGAAAGCAGAAAACAUCACAAGCAAUGCUCAAAAAACUUCAUCCCAAUUUGAACACAUGGGGCUCUCUGCUACGUCUUUAUGGCCAUGAAACACAACAAAAGCAACAGGAAGCUCGAAAGAGUCGACAUAGCAUCAUCAAAUUGCAAGGAAACGUAAGCAAAGAUAGCCCGGCUGUGGAGCCAAAUACUGCGAUUUUGGAGAAGCUGAAAGCAGAAAUGUUGAAAUUGGCUAAGCGAAGGCAAAAUGAGGGUGAGCCGGUGCCCAAACGUCCAAAGCUAUCGUAUACGCAUGAACCCGUUUUCGAACCCGAAGCAAGCACUGCGUCUGCAAGCUAUGCAGAAUCUCAUCCUGAUGCGGCCUCUUCUUCAAGAAUUGAUUUGUAA